AUGUCUUCAGAUAUACAGGAAUCAAAGAAGAGCAAGAGGUCUAACACAGCUUCGUUGGACGAUAUUUACAUAAGUGAGGAGACCCGCAAGCGAUUGCUUUACCGAAAAGAAAAGGAGCAAAAACGAAAAGUUCUGAAACAUGUUAGAAUUGAUGACAAAGAGUUAGAAAAAGAGAUCGACAAGGGGGUAACAGAACUUCCAAAAAAAAGAUUCUACAGACAGAGAGCACACUCUAACCCUUUUUCAGACCAUCAAUUAGAGUAUCCAAAAAGCCCGAGGCACAUGGACUGGGCUCGGUUUUAUCCUGACUUUAUUAGUAAGGAUUCUGGUACGCUUCCUACUGAUAAGAGAGUUGAAAUUGCAGACAUUGGUUGUGGAUUUGGUGGCCUACUGGUUGAUCUAUCUCCUGAGUUUCCAGAAACGCUAAUACUCGGAAUGGAAAUACGUGUGCAGGUGACAAAUUAUGUAGAAGACAAAAUUAUCGCUCUAAGAGCACAGCAUAAAGGAACCGGGAAGUACUCUAAUAUAAAUGUUAUUAGAGGCAAUGCUAUGAAGUUUCUGCCCAAUUUUUUUGAAAAGUCUCAGUUGAAAAAGAUGUUUUUUUGCUUUCCAGAUCCUCAUUUCAAGCAACGGAAACACAAAGCACGAAUCAUAACUAACACAUUACUGUCAGAGUAUGCAUAUGUUCUUAGAGUGGGUGGCAUUAUUUACACUAUAUCUGAUGUUUUAGAUUUGCAUGAGUGGAUGAAGUCGCAUCUGAAUGAACACCCUCUUUUUGAAAGACUUACUGAGCUAGAAGAAAAAGAAGACAAGUGCGUACAAAUCAUGACCCACUCUACUGAAGAAGGGAAAAAAGUUGAGAGGAAUAAAGGUAGUAAAUUCAUUGCUUGUUACAGAAGAAUACCAGAUUUAUAG